CAUUCACUGACUUGCGUUCGAUGUUACUUAAGAGGCCCACUCCUGAAACGAGAACGAAAGCUGACGGCCGAACACACGCACUCGUAAACACUCACACGACAAGAAACGUCAGCCCACGGAGGCAGAGGACAGGCGGCCCGUACCUUUUCCUUGUCCUGAUGAAGUAACACAUCUGGACCCGGCGCGGUGGAAGUGUUUGGAGCAGGAGACGAUUGCAAGGGCUGAGCGGGACUCGGGCGGUCGGGUAGAAAAAGCUGGUCGGGGCCCCGCCGCAGGCAUGCUCCGGCAGUCUCUGAGCAUCCUGAAGCAGCUCAGCUCGGCGCCAAAGUCGCAAGAUGCCACUGAACUUCUACACGAGGACCUGGUCAUGGUGGAGCAGCGGGUGGAACCGGCCAAAAAGGCGGCUCAGGUCCUCCACAAGAAGCUGCAGGGCUGCAUGCAGAGUCAGCCGGGCCUGGAGGCUGAAAGGCGAAUGAAAAAGCUCCCUCUGAUGCUGCUCUCAGUCAGCAUGGCAGAGAGCCUCAAAGACUUUGAUGCAGAGUCGUCUAUCAGGAGGGUCUUGGAGAUGUGCUGUUUCAUGGAGAAGAUGCUGGCCAACCUGCUGGCCGACUUUGAGAUGAAACUGGAGAGCGAAGUCCUGGAGCCGCUCCACAAGCUCAGCGAGGAUGAUUUGCCAGAGAUUCUCAAGAACAAGAAACAGUUUGCAAAGCUCACUACAGACUGGAACAACGCAAGAGUCAAGAGCCAGGCGAGUACUGGUCCCCAGGCAAAGCAGGAAGGGCUUCGGGAGGAAUUGGAAGAAGCUUGGAGGAAGUUGGAGAGCAUCAAGGACCAGUACUCUGCAGAUCUCUACCACUUUGCGACUAAAGAAGACGACUACGCUAACUACUUCAUUCGUCUUCUCGAACUGCAAGCGGAAUACCACAAAAAUUCCCAUGAGUUCCUGGACAGAAACAUUAACGAGCUCAAGGAGAAUCACAGCCAAAAAGGGCCAGCGCUGAGGCUCUCCUAUCAGAAGGUCUACGGGGAGCCCCUGCUGUCUCAUCUGUCUCAAAGCAACAGAGAGAUCGCUGCACCCAUCCAGGAGUGUAUCCACAUGCUGCUGAGAACAGGCAUGGGCGAGGAGGGUCUGUUUCGUCUGGCAGCGGCGGCCUCAGUGGUGAAGAGGCUGAAGACUUGUCUGGACCAAGGAAACGUGGACCACAGCGAGUUUACCAUGGACCCUCACGCUGUGGCCGGAGCCUUGAAGUGUUACCUUCGAGAACUGCCCGAGCCUCUAAUGACCUUUGAACUCUACAAUGACUGGUUCAAAGCAGCGGGAGAAAAAGACUUGACGGAGAAGCUGGAGCAGUUCAGACUGCUGCUGAAGAAGUUGCCACCUGAAAACUAUGACAACCUCAGGUACCUAGUCCAGUUCUUGUCUCUGUUGUCUGAGCAGCAAGCCGUGAACAAGAUGACGCCCAGUAACAUCGCCAUCGUCCUGGGGCCCAACCUGCUCAAGCCUCGGGCCGAAGGGGAAGCUGCUUUGUUUGACAUGGCGUCAGCUUCUUCGGUCCAGGUGGUCACGGUCAUGGAGCCUCUGAUUCAGUACAGCUCCAGCCUCUUCCCCGAAGCUGUAUCCUUUGAGAUCCCGGACCUACCUCAGGUCCUGGACGUGACCCUUCCUGCUCCUGUUGACCAGCUCUUGGACAAAGAAAAACUGAGUAGAACAGUCUCAUCUUCCUCAACAGCCUCCUCCUGCUCCUCUCAUCACCUCCCUCUCUCCAAGACAAACAGCACAGCCUCUCAGGACAGUGGCGGCUUCUUCCUGGUGAAAUCUGGCUCUGUGAGUCGCAGUGGCACCACCACGUGGGCCAGCCCUGCAGCUGAGCCACCAGCGCUGGCCCAUAAAAGCACAACAUCCGGCAGCUUAUCGUCCCUCACUCCCAGCCCUCGGCUGGCCUCCAAUACGUCUGCUGCCUGCAACUCAAUAGUGAACCAGAGCCCGUCCCAGCCUCCCAGAACCACAGGAUCAGCGCCAAACCCAGGUCAGACCAGGAGUCCCACCCAGAAGCAGUGCUCGGACCAAGGCCAGCUGGAGUCAAUUUCGGAGGCACCUCCAGAAUCGCCCAGAGCAUUCAUGAAGAUCACCUCCCCGUACAAACCAAAAAGAUCCUUUAUCCCAAACAAAGCAGGCGAGCAUGUGACGGUUCAGUUCGCCAAACCCAGUGCCCCGGGACCUCCCAAGCCCACAGGACCUCCCAAGCCCACGGCUCCUCCCAAGCUCACGGCUCCUCCAGCGCCCACCACAGCCCCGGCAGCCGCGGACACUGGGACCCCGCCAACGCCCGCACCCCGAGCUCAGACGGCCAACUUCAAAAAGCCUCCUCUGAAAAAGUCUGGACUCAAAGCGCCAAAGUGCCCUCCACCACUCCCUCCACCGUCACAGGCAAAAGAAGUUCCUUCUAUAGCACAGUGAGAAUGAGAAAAAAUAAUGAUGCGUGUGUCAGGAAGAAAUCAUUUGGAAUGUUUUUUCACAACCAAUACAAUGUAUUUAUUUGUCGGUUACCGAUGCCCAGGUCCUUGGCAACAACAAAAAUAGCCAAAGCAAAUAAAUGAAUCCACAUUGCCAAAAA